CUGGCUGCUGUGGCCACUUAGUUCAGCUGCUGAUAAGCUGGACUAAUUAGGUCAAGAACAUGAGUUUCACUCUAGGUAACUCAGUUGAUGUCUCCAUUCUAAGGCCACAAACUUUCCCCUGACUCUGGACAAUGUCCUGCAAAUAUGAGCAGUUAGUCUUAAGCCUCGGGCGCCGGGGAGGCUCCGCGGACCUGCUGAUUCGGGACCGAUAUGGCUGCGACUUUGGGCAGCGGGGAGCGCUGGACGGAAGCUUACAUUGAUGCAGUUAGAAGAAACAAAUACCCAGAAGAUAGACCUCCUGAAAGUCAUGAUCCCUGUGGUUGCUGUAACUGCAUGAAAGUGCAAAAGGAAAAGAAGUCUGAGAAUGAGUGGAAUCAAACCCGUCAGGGUGAGGGAAAUGCCACUUACACUGAAGAGCAGCUUCUUGGGGUACAAAGGAUCAAGAAAUGCAGAAAUUACUAUGAAAUUUUAGGAGUGUCUCGAAAUGCCAGUGAUGAUGAGCUUAAGAAAGCUUACCGGAAACUUGCCCUGAAAUUUCACCCUGACAAGAAUUGUGCUCCUGGAGCGACAGAUGCUUUCAAAGCGAUAGGAAAUGCCUUUGCAGUCCUGAGUAAUCCUGACAAGAGACUCCGCUAUGAUGAAUAUGGAGAUGAACAGGUGACUUUCACUGCCCCUCGAGGCAGACCUUACAACUAUUACAGGGACUUCGAAGCAGACAUCACUCCAGAAGAGCUAUUCAAUGUCUUCUUUGGAGGCCAUUUUCCCACAGGAAACAUUCAUAUGUUUUCAAAUGUGACAGAUGAUACUCACUAUUACCGCCGGAGGCACCGACAUGAGCGGACGCAGACACGGAAGGAAGAAGAAGAAGAGGAAGAAAAGCCUCAGAAUACGUAUUCUGCAUUUAUUCAGCUACUUCCAUUUCUUGUGAUUGUGAUUAUAUCUGUCAUUACUCAGCUGCUAGCAGCUAAUCCCCCAUAUAGUCUGUUCUAUAAAUCGACCUUGGGCUACACCAUCUCUAGAGAAACGCAGAAUCUGCAGGUGCCUUACUUUGUGGAUAAAAACUUUGAGAAGGCCUACAGAGGAGCAUCUCUACGGGACCUGGAGAAGACGAUAGAGAAGGAUUACAUUGAUUACAUCCAGACGAGUUGUUGGAAAGAGAAACAACAAAAGUCGGAAUUGACAAAUUUGGCAGGAUUAUACAGAGAUGAACGAUUGAAACAGAAGGCAGAGUCACUGAAACUUGAAAACUGUGAAAAACUUUCCAAACUUAUUGGUCUACGCAGAGGUGGCUGAAAGGAUGAUGGCCCUACACAGGGUCGGGGUUUUGCUACUUGUUACUAUUUAUGUUCCUAAUUCCAUUUUAUAAUACAAAAUUAGGAAAUGAUGAACGUUUUUCAACUUGCUAACUUUGGUGGGCAGAGUCAAAGGCACUUGAGCAUGGAGCCAGACUUGUCAUCACAGAAUCUUUCCUGGGGAUCGACUCCAAGGGCCAUGAACAGUUCAUGUAAAUUGAAUUAAUGGCAGAGCAUUUGAUGUAGCCCCCUGCUCCAUGCCUACCCUGCCUCUAGGAUUGGGGUUCAGGCAUCCCAGAGCAGAUCUAUGUUUUCUUCCUCCUUUCCUUCUUCAGUUAAAUCUCAAUACCCAGUCGUCCCUAGGCAUAGUCAGAGCAGCUUAAUAUUAGUUGUUUACAGUGUGCACCAGGAAUGAUCCCUCUCCCUUCAUGAAAGUCAUCAUGUCCCCUAGCAUUCAGCCCUUGGAACAUGGGCCCACCAUCUUUGCAUUUUCUAAGGGGAAGGUGGAGAGAUGUCAACUAUUACAGACGAUAGUUUUCCCAUUUGCCUAUCUCUGUUUAGAUUUACUAGCAUUAGCAAACUGCCUGAUUUGAGUUUCUUUUACUUCCUUAACCCUCUCCCUUGUUGAUGGUCCAGAAAGUAAAAGCUACUGGGUGAAACAGUUCCGUGGACAACUCAGCAGCAGAGAGCAGGAGUCCGGGGAGGAAGGUAAAACACAAGACUGAGUUUCCUCUUGCAGCAUGACUUUUGACCAGAGUCCCUAUACACCAUGGAAGUACAUUGGUCAGACCUAAGAAUAGGCAUUGCCAGGCCAUCAAGAUGGUUGCUCAGGUCUAGAGCUAGCGGGGAAAGACCCUCUUUCCGUGGCUUUGGAGGUCUGGUAUUGGCCCCAAGCAGUCACUAUGUUUAACCCAGUGCCCUACAUUUUGUGAUAUGAGAUGCUUUUCCAUGUAGUCAACAUUUAUUGAGUGCCUGAUAUGAAGUAGGGGCUCCCGCAUAUAUUUUCUUUCUUUAGCCUCCUCAUAACUCUGUGAAGGAGACAUGUUACCCCCCCUCUUUUUUUUAUGAAAGAAAACAUUGGCCCAGAGAGGACAAAUGGUUGGCCCAGUCAUACAAUUGGGGUAGUGGCAAAGCCAGGCUGAUUAUCAAGUAGGAAGUAUUAGACCAUUCCCAUUUCUCUGGUGAUUCUAGCCAGACUGUUAAGGCAUAGUCUUUCCCAGGGAUGCCCCAGUCUCCCCUGACCCUGUGACCCCUUAUCCUUUUUAUGGCCGUCCUGCAUUCAUUCAGGAUACCUUCUUCCAUGGUCUGUAGAAGCAAGACCCUCUCUAUAACGAUUCUGUAUACAAAGCAAGAGAUGCAUCAAAGGCAGGCAGCCAUUCCCACUGGUGGCAAGGAAGAGGUAAGCUGUUGUCUUGGCCCUGUGGUUCUGGGUCCUAGACAAGGUGAGCUGCCAGGACUGAGCUGCCUAGAUCAUUAUGAAUCAGAACCUGGCAAAUCAGUAGAUGACUGUAGUCUGCACUCCAUGUUUUCUUCAGGAUGGAAGAAAAGUUCCUUUAUUAAAACUGAUUUCCAAAGUAGAGAUUCUCCUUUCAGAUUCAUAGCCAUGACUUAGGCAGAUGUGUCUAGUAUGGUUCAACAUGGACAUUCCACAGGGUCAGGAGAUGGGUCUAGAGGUGAUGAGAGGAUCUCUGAUAGCUGAUAGGGGGCUGAUGGGGGCAACUGCUCAGCUGUGGGGAGGCAGCAGCUCCAGAAAUGACGGAUUUUGCUGCCCAAUUAGGUCUGUGUUCCUGGUUUGGGGGACUUCCUUAAUCCUUUCUGAGUAAUUGAGGGGAUUUACACUAUACAAUACACCUGUGAGCCAAACAGGCUUAUGGAAAGUUUUCUUACACACAUAAAAAUCAAAGCUCUUCUGUCCCCAACUUCAAUCUCUGCUAGAAAAUGGGCCAUAAUUAAAUUGACUUGACAUAGAUUUCGUGGCAGAGAUGAAUUAUCUGUGAUAGUACUAAAUAGAGGCAAAACUGACACCAUUA